AAGUUGGGUGCGCCAUUCGCUCCCGCUGACAGGUCUGAAAUCAGAGGAAGUUUUCUAGUCUAACGGUUUAUCUGCUGAGUCACUGCCAAGCCUUCUGAACAUGGAGUGGACUGCGAUGGAAAUCAACCCCGAGAUGCUGAACAAGAUUAUGAGCAAGCUCGGUGUGAGUGGACGCUGGCGUUUCGUUGAUAUUUUGGGUCUGGAGGGUGAGCAGCUAACUGCCGUCCCGAAGCCAUCCUGUGCCCUGAUGCUGCUCUUCCCCCUGACGCAACAGCAUGAGGCGUUCAGGACCCAGCAGGCAAACAAGAUUUCAGGAGGCUCUGACGUCUACUUCCUGAAGCAGGUCGCCUCUAAUUCCUGUGGCACAAUCGCCCUGGUGCACGCCAUCGCCAACAAUAAGACCAAAAUGACUUUUGAGAACGGCUCAGUCCUGAAGACCUUCCUAGAUGAGACGGCAGGCAUGUCUCCAGAUGAGCGUUCCAAACAUCUGGAGGGAAACAAGGCAAUCUGUGAGGCUCACAAUGAGGUUGCAAGAGAGGGACAAUGUCGGCCAGAAGGUGAACAAGUAAACUUCCACUUUAUUGCCUUUGUGAAUGUGAACGGAGAACUCUACGAAUUUGAUGGGAAGAUGAAUGGACCAGUGAACCAUGGAGCAACCAAAGAUGAGACCUUUGUCACUGAUGCAGCCAAAGUGUGCCGCAGCUUCAUGGAACGAGAGAAAGAUGAAGUCCGCUUCUCCGCUGUGGCUCUCUGUCAGUCUUAAAUGAUCAUGUGACCAACUCAAACAAAUUGUAAGCGACAUUGUUCUACAGCAUUUACAUCGCAAACUGUUAAGAGAUGAUCCACAGUGGUCUGUGCUCCUACAUCUGGAGGCACUAUGCACUAGAACACAUUUCAUCCCCUCAACUGUAACGUGUUUAGCAUUAGCACAAAACUCUGAACUUUAUUUUGCCAGUGUUCCAAGCUUAUUGAAAAGGAUUCACAAAUGCCACUGAGCUGCGAAACAUCACCUGUGCAUGUCAUUAAGUUUUUUUAUUUUUUUAUGUUCAUCUGUCAAACUUCAACUGCUUUAACACCUUUUGUGCCAACAAGAUUAAAACUGGAAACUACUUCCUGUUCUGCAUGCCUUUAGUUGUCGUGGUUUACAAGGACUGGGCAUUAACAACUCGGCUCCAUUAGUUUCACAGUAUGUAAUUCUUAAGUUGUUUUAGGUCACAGUUUCAGGAAACUUGAGUCUUUUCCCCCAUGGUUUUGAAUGGAUUUUUGUGAAAAUGGUUCUAGAAUCAACAAGAAGCAUUGGAUAAUUUCAGAUUAUCCAGACAUCUCAUUAAAGUGACUUUCUAGUUAAAGUGCUCUUGUAGACUGGGUUGAUGUGCUAUUUUAAGGUAACAGCUUCAAUUUUUUUCAUUUGUUUACCUUUAUGCACUUUUCAAAUAGUUUGCUGCUGUUCAGCUAUGGCUAUUUAAUAAAACUGAAUUUAAAGUUG